CCACAUAUUUCUGUAAACCACCUUGCGUAUGGAAGUAUGGCGGCCCUAGCGACACAAGUAGUACUCGGCCAAAGUUUAUUGCUCAGAUUUUCACGUGAAAGCGAUGAAUAAGUACGCGAACCGUGGGGUCGGUAACGAAGAGCUCGGCGGCUGUGAACAGAGGAGAGGACUAACGGGGAGAGUCGUGGGCCUCCGACAGGCUGAGUUUCCUCUAUUUCUCUUCGCCUCCUUGAUUGAAGUGCCUUUUAGUCCGGGUACCACAGGGAAAGAAACUCCGCAAGACGAGAAGAGUGGACACGGAAGUUUGGCGCAAACUGUGACUUUGGAGAGAUCAGCUGCACAGUGUUGAGCUGCGGUGACCGGAAUGUAUUUUGUGUGUUGUUUAAGUGCACUGCUACGAGGUUUAAUACCAGCGUGUUGACGGCGAAGCAACGGGAGCCAACUGUUGACUGCUCGGUGUGCAGUUCAGGAUCUGGCGCUGCGUACCACCAGCAGACGUUAGUUAGCUUCAUGGCUACCUUCAACAUUAGCUUGAGGUCGCCUGCUAACAAACAAUAUAAAAGUUUCUAUGACCGCAUUCCUGUGAAGUGCAAUUUGUUUGUCCUCUGAGACACUCAGGCUUCAUUAAUGCAUGAUAAACAGAGACCUACUGGAGUAAUACGGUUCUGCAUAGGUGACCCGCAUUACCCAUACUCCAGGAGAGGACAGCCUGAGCCAGGGAAAGGGGAUCCUGCCUUCUCCCGAUCCCCUCCCUGCCUGGUGGCCAACUGUUGGACGGUGAGCAACUGAGUCCAGUUUGGAGAGUCCCGGCUGCGGCCUGGCACCCUGCCCUUAUGGGGCAGCAGCCGGGGAAGUUUGUAGGGGACCAGAGGAGACCCAGUCUGCCGGCCUUCAUCAAGGGGGGAAAGCGAGAGUCAUCACGCCAUGGGAGCCAGCCCUGUAAUGUUUUUGUUGUGCACGAAGCUCUCCAGAGACCAGACUUCGAGGGUCAGGGUCUGACAGAAGCAGCUCGCUGGAACUCUAAAGAGAACCUGUUGGCCGGACCCAGCGAGAAUGACCCCAACCUGUUUGUCGCACUCUAUGAUUUCGUGGCCAGUGGUGACAACACACUAAGCAUUACCAAAGGUGAGAAGCUGCGUGUGCUCGGUUACAACCACAACGGUGAGUGGUGCGAGGCACAGACAAAGAAUGGCCAGGGUUGGGUUCCCUCCAACUACAUCACCCCAGUCAACAGUCUGGAGAAACACAGCUGGUACCAUGGGCCCGUGUCACGCAACGCCGCAGAAUACCUGCUCAGUUCUGGCAUCAACGGAAGCUUCUUGGUCCGUGAGAGUGAGAGCAGCCCCGGCCAGAGGUCCAUUUCUCUGCGGUAUGAGGGGAGAGUCUACCAUUACAGGAUUAACACUGCGUCUGACGGCAAGCUGUACGUCUCGUCUGAAAGCCGUUUCAACACACUGGCGGAGCUGGUGCACCACCAUUCCACUGUGGCCGACGGCCUCAUCACCACGCUGCACUACCCGGCGCCAAAGCGCAACAAGCCCACCAUCUAUGGAGUGUCUCCCAACUACGAUAAGUGGGAGAUGGAGCGCACUGACAUUACCAUGAAGCACAAACUGGGAGGGGGCCAGUACGGGGAGGUGUAUGAAGGCGUUUGGAAGAAAUACAACCUCACUGUGGCUGUCAAGACACUAAAGGAGGAUACAAUGGAGGUGGAGGAGUUUCUUAAGGAGGCUGCUGUUAUGAAAGAGAUCAAACAUCCCAACCUAGUGCAACUGUUGGGUGUGUGCACACGGGAGCCACCAUUCUACAUUAUCACAGAGUUCAUGACCCACGGUAACCUACUAGACUACCUGAGGGAGUGCAACAGAGAGGAGGUCAACGCUGUGGUGCUGCUACACAUGGCCACACAGAUCUCCUCUGCCAUGGAGUACCUGGAGAAAAAAAACUUUAUUCACAGAGACUUGGCUGCCCGUAACUGUCUCGUUGGGGAGAACCACCUGGUGAAGGUUGCAGACUUUGGCCUGAGCAGGUUAAUGACUGGAGACACGUACACAGCUCAUGCUGGGGCCAAGUUCCCCAUCAAGUGGACUGCUCCAGAGAGUCUGGCCUACAACAAGUUCUCCAUUAAGUCUGAUGUCUGGGCAUUUGGCGUGCUGCUGUGGGAGAUCGCCACCUACGGCAUGUCUCCUUACCCCGGCAUUGACCUGUCUCAGGUCUACGAGCUGCUGGAGAAAGACUACCGCAUGGACCGACCAGAGGGCUGUCCGGAGAAGGUGUAUGAGCUCAUGACAGCUUGUUGGAGGUGGAGCCCUUCAGAGCGCCCGUCAUUCGCUGAAACACACCAAGCCUUUGAGACCAUGUUUCAGGAAUCCAGCAUCUCUGAUGAGGUGGAAAAGGAAUUGGGGAAGAAGGGGAAGAAGGCAACAUUAGGCUCCAUCCAGCAGGCUCCAGAGUUGCCCACCAAGACCAGAACUCUUCGCAAAAACAUGGACAACCGGGAUGGAGAUAGUCCAGACCCAGUGGAGCCAGAGGCGGCCGUUUCAUCGCCCAUGCUUCCCAGGAAAGAGCGCACCCUCCUGGACAGCAACCUGAAUGAGGACGAGCGCUUGCUACCCAAAGACAAAGACAAGACACGUGGCUUUCUCAGCCUCAUUAAGAAAAAGAAGAAGAACGCACCAGCUCCACCCAAACGUAGCUCCUCAUUCAGAGAGAUGGACAUCCACCCUGACAGGAGGGGUGUGACUCCAGAUCCUCGAGACAGUGACAGCUUCAACAACGGUGCAUCUCUGGCUAAUAAUGACACUACGCAUGGGCUUGACUCAAAGUUCUUGAGUGCUAACAACAAUGGGGCAGGAGGUAUCACAAAUGGGGCUCCUAACUACCCAGGACCUUUAUUCCCCCGAAAGAAGGGAGCUCCUGCAGUGCCUGGCCCAGGAGGCAAGGCAGCCACAACGCCACCUAGUGAGGAGGAAUCCAUUUCUAACUCAAAGCGUUUUCUCUGGUCCUCUAGUCUGGCCACUGGCUCAGAUGGGAAUGCAUGGAAAUCUGUCACGCUGCCACGAGAUCUGGGCCAGCGUCACUUUGACUCAGGCACCUUCGGGGGCAAGCCAGCUCUGCCACGAAAGAGGACCAGUGAGCAGAAAGGGGAGAAUGCUCCUCGAAUGGGCACCCUGACCCCCCCACCACGUCUGACCACAUCAUCAGAUGUGUCGCCUUCCUUCUUAAACAAAGAUUCUGAUCCCAGUCCUGGUUCCAGCCCCCAGGCAUUGACACCUAAGGUGGUCAAGAGACCCGGUAUUCCAGGGCUGGAGAGCUCCAGGACCAGCGCUCUCCAUGCUGAGCUUCUGAAGCCCAACGUGUUUCCUGCUUUGGGGGCAGCUGGAGACGAGUGCAGGGCGCGCAGACAAAAGCACACUGUAGAUUCCUCCUCUGUCAGGGAACGAGGAAAGAUACAGAAACCUAAGCCGGCCCCUCCUCCGCCGCCCACCAAUGCCAAAACGGGCAAGAUCUCCCGCAGCCCCACUCAAGAACUCCCUUCUCCUUCAUCUACCACCUCAGACAUCAAAGCUAAGUGCCUUCCUUCCAUCUCAGACCCCCACCAUACAGCCGCUGCCAGUGACCAAGCCCGCUCGCCCCACACUGAGGGCUCCAAGAAGCUGCCCCUGGGCUCCAUCUCCAAACCUCAACCGUUAAAGACCUCCACGUCCUCCACUUCAGUAACCACCUCCCCUUCCAGUCAGAGCCUAGGAGGCUUGUCUUCCUCCCUCACCUCCUCUGCUGAUCAGAGCACACCCCCUGCGUUCACCCCUCUUGCGAGAACCCGAUGCUCCCUCCGCAAGACUGCACCUCGGCAGGCCUCCGAACGCACCCCAAACUCAGCUGUGACACGCGAGAUGGUGCUGGAGGGUACGGAGCUGCUCCGCGCAGCCAUUUGCCGCAACUCGGAGCAAACAGGUAGCCACAGCGCUGUGCUGGAGGCCGGCAAGAACCUGUCGAAGUACUGCAUGAGCUACGUCGACUCCAUCCAGCAGAUGAGGAACAAGUUCGCCUUUCGCGAGGCCAUCAACAAGCUGGAGAACAGCUUGCGCGAGCUUCAAAUUUGCCCCACUGCCACAGGGGGCUCCAACUCACAGCAGGACUUCAGCAAGCUGCUGUCCUCCGUCAAAGAGAUUAGUGACAUUGUUCAGAGGUAGCGCCUUAAAAUCCUAAACGACCCAAACAUAAAACUGAUAUGACCUGUAUGUUACACUACCCUUUCUUUCCGAGCAUGUGCAUGAACUUUGGCUGAAGCUGAGCUCAUGCGGCAGAGCUGAGGGUAACUCCUUAUUGAGAGCAGCAGAAGCAGUGUAGGUUCUCACUACAGCACACUCUGAAACACCUAAGCCUGUGGUUGCUAUGGACGGACUCAAAGGAAACUUUACGUAGAUGCCGACAGAGAGUUUGCAACAUUAAAAGCCUUAACUAUGAAUGAACACUUUCAUUGGGCCUUAAUAUGAGGCUAGGGGCCAAUUCUUCAACAUGACUUUUCACCAAUCAUUUUUGAAAUGGUCAUGUCUUAUGUAUUUUUGCUUGUUUUUUCCCCCUUUAUCACUGACACCAGUAUAAAAACGGCCUGCGAUAUUUGUUUCCGUCACUCUUAGUGUGUGUGAUUUUUUUUUUUUUCAUCGAUGCUGACGACAAUGAGCAAAAACAAAAUACUUCACCUCAUCUUCUUCCAGGAGGCCUUUUAACACAAAACAACUGAUCUCAUGUUUUCCAUUUCACCUGUAAGAAUGAGGGAGCUUCUGGAAUCACACAGUGUUUAUCAAACUAACGCCUCCGUCCAGCGCAUCCCAACACUUCACAUUUCUCUGCAUCGUGUCAUCGGUGAUUGGUUGUGUGCUGAGUGAUAAAAUGUGUGUUUUGUACGGAUGCUUUUUGCAGUAUUUGAAAUCAUGUGCCAUAAAGUAGUAACAGGAGCAAGCAGAAGAGGCAGGACAUGCCGCUAGCCCUCACCUUUUUUUGCUUCUCUGCACACUUUGGUAACAAAUAGUGCCUUAAACACUCUCAGCGGAGUUGUUUUUGUGCCAAGUGGUUCAGAAUAGCUGUUUAUUGGAAUUUAAUGUUUGCCAUACCAAAAAAAAAAAACCUUUGUCUCCAGCCUGUACUGGAGAGGGACCAGGGUGCACAAUCUGCAACUCAGUGGAUCUAACUGUCGUUUUAUGUUGUCCUUAGACUGGACCUUUUUUUUUUUUUUUUUUAUGUAAGUUUGAUUCCACUUUCUCUACAUGCCAGUCACAAAAGCCAUCAGUAGCAGCUUGGCCUUGCAGCAGCAUGCCGUUUGAUCCGCUAAGAGGAGUAACAGACUGAAACAGUGUUUCUCCGACGGCCUCUCUUGCCACACAGAACGGAGGGUUUUAUGUCACAUGGUCUAAAUGCUGUUUCAGAGGCCUUUCCACCCCAGCAAGAAAAAUUAUAUCCUGGGGGAAACACUGGACUGAAAUGUUUAUGGAUGUGUCGCUCAUCAUCUCACAAAAUAACGUGAGAGAGGGUCGACUAUUACAGACUAAAAGAAACCAUGAAAUUCCACUGUAACAUCGUACGUUCCUUUCUCAUCUGCAUGUUUUGGACAUUCUCAGUAUUUGUGCUGUAGUCGUCCCAUCCCAUAUGCCGUCUGACUGCGAUGCCUGAGGACAGAAGUCAACCGCUAGCUGCCUUGACUUCGACAUGGUACUUUCAGUGUUGGCUCUUUUUUUUUUUUUUUAAAUUCCUCCUCCGUACCGACCAUACCACUACUCUACUUUUGUGUCUAAGCCUUCUCACCAUUUUUGUAGACUUUGCUUUCAUGUGUAAAUGUGUUUCUUUUUGUUUCUUCCUCUAGCCUUUGUGCAAUUUUUGUUGCAAUAAAAUACAAAACUGUUGUGGUACUU